CGACAACAGUAUUGGAGAUAUUGGGGUCCAAGAAUUGUGUAGUGGACUGGGUAACCCAAACUGUGCACUGGAGAAACUCAGCCUGUCAUACUGCAGUAUUGGAGAGGAAGGCUUCAGAGCUCUUGCAUCAGCACUGAGAUCAAACCCCUCACACAUGAGAGAGCUGCAGCUGAGUGAGAAUAAAGCAGGAGACUCAGGAGUGAAGCAAGUUUCUUCUCUUCUGGAGGAUCCCAACUGUAAACUGGAGAAACUACAACUCUUUGACUGCAGUAUCACAGAGAAGGGCUAUGCCAGUCUGGCUUCAGCGCUGAGGUCAAAUCCCAAAUACCUCAGAGAGCUUGAUCUCAGAGGAAAUGAUCCAGGGAAAUCUGGAGUCAAACUUCUCUUGGACCUGAAGGAGGAGUCACAGUGUACAUUGAGCAAUGUCCAGUAA